AUGCCACCCGCCGUCGCCAACAAACCCGACUAUCGGGCGACCGACAGCUAUCUGGGCCGAGAAAACGUAGAGCUUGCGCACGUAUUCGAGCAACGAACCUUGGAUAAUGCGGUACCAUAUCUUCGCGAAGUGUUGGAGUCGCUGCCUCCCAACUUUGCCAUGCUCGACGUAGGUCUUGGACCAGGCAGUAUCACCAUCAGCAUAGCCAAACUUUAUCCUCAAGCAACCAUUGUUGGGCUAGACAUGCCCGACGCUCUGGAGAUUGCUCGUGAGAACAUCGAAAAUGCCGGGGUGAAGAACAUCCAGCUUGUCGUAGGAAGCGCUCUCGACAUCAAGUCCGUGUCCAAAUACCCCGUCGUCUCGGAUGGGUCAAAGAGCUUUGACAGCCUCUCCCCCGAAGCAUCUACCCUGUUCAAGCACGGCUUCGACCUCGUCCACACUCACCAGGUCCACGAGCACGUCCGGGAUCCACCCAAGCUGAUGAAGGAACUGCACGACAUGGCCAGGCCCGACGGCGGCUUGGUGUGCUGCCGUGAGCUCGACGUGGGGCUCAGCGUGGUAUACCCCGAGAACCCCUUGCUUGUCAAGCACGGCGAGAUGUUUGCGAAGAUGCUGCUCGCCAACGGAAACGAUCCGCACGUAGGCCGCAAGUUGGUUUCGAAUGCGCUCAAGGCCGGGUUCAAGCGGGAAAACAUCAAGGCCAGCAUCGGCGCCGUCGCCUACUCGACCCUCGAGGAGCGCAGGAUAUUUGCCAGGACGAUGAGCACUGGGUUCGUGACCUUGGAUGCCCUGCGAUUGAAGCCCGAAGUGUGCAAGACUGCAGGUUUGACCGAAGAGUUUGCCCAGAAGGUCGGUGAAGCCUGGACAAGGUGGGCCGAGGAGGCCGAGGAUGGUUUUGGAACCCUUGGAAGUGGACAGGUCGUCUGCAAGAGACACGAUUGA